ACAAUGGAACUGGUCCAUGAAUCGCCUUCCCCUGGCCCCUCCUCGCCACGCCUCCCUUUUCCCCUGGGGGUUCGAUCGUAGAAGAAGAAGGGCCGCCGAUUCCCCCUCUCGCCUCCUCCUUCCUCCUCCUCCGUUUAACUUCCGACGCGAGCGUGCGAGAACAACCCCCAACACCUCGCUUCCCUCCCACCACGAGAGGAAGUCACGAUUCCGUCACCGAUCCGCACAUGUACCCACCCAGAAGAGCGGUAAAUAGGCGAGAAAGAUCGGAUCUUGCGCCUCUUCCGCCGUUGAUCUCUCGUCCGAACCUCUCUCCGUGAGAAAUCCCGAAAUCCUGGGUGCUUUUUCUACCAGAAUUGGUGCAUCUCCGCCCGUUUUCGGUUCUCUCCUCUCCCCUUCCCCCCCCCCCCCUCUCGACCCCUUCUUUGGGCCUCAAGGAAAUCCGGCCUCUUUUCUUGAUUUGGGGCUCGCCUGGUUGGCCGCCGAGGAUCCUGGUGCUGGGAUAUUCGAGUCGGCCAAUCGACGCCUUCUGGAUCGGUUUCCUGAGGUCUUGGUUUUGCGGGCGCUCCAGGGUUUUCGUCUUUGUUGAGAGGAAAUCAGGUCCUUUCUGAUAUCGAAUUGUGCUUUGGAGGACUGGGAUUGGUCACAUGGAAGAGGACUGCACUUUAAGGUUUGGGUGGCUUCCUUGUCUACUCUGGUAGACCGGUUCAUCUGCAGUGGCUUUGGUGGUUCUGGAAGUAGGCAAUGCUGUACUAGCACGAACUGAUCUGGGUUAUUUCUGGUUUUUGUGACUUCCUCCUUUGUGUAAGUUUGAUUUUGCCACGAGAGGAGAAAACCUUGCUGAGUGAUUACACAGUGUUAUAGUUAGGUUUAUGCCCAAUUCGAAGGUGUAUGUCGUUUUCUUGACGGAUUGAUGUGGGUUGGGUCGAGAGCAAUGGCGAGGUUCUGAAUCUGGAUAUGUGUGUGGGGACAUGGUGCAGAAGCAGGAGCAUGGCUGGUGGUCCGUUCCCUUACCGGAACAACGUUACUGGAAAGUAGGAUUUCUAGCCAAACGAGGCUCACUGUGCAAUGUCUCGCUGCUUCCCAUUUCCACCACCAGGAUAUGAAAAGAAGACAAGUGACCACAUAGACUUGCUAGCAGAGGAGAAACGUAAAGAGAAGAAACAUAAAAAGGAGAAGGACAAAGAAAAGAAAGAAGAUAAAGAAAGAAAAGACACAGAUCGGAGUAAAGAUAAACACAAGGAAAAGAAGGACCGAAAAGAAAAGCAUAAAGAGAAGAAAAGAAAGAAUAAGAACAAGGACAAAAGCAGGAUAUUAUAUGAGAGGGCUGACAAACAGACCGAGUCUCCACAUGGAGACAUGCUUGGAGAAUGCAGUCAGAAGACUGAGGAAACUAAACCUUCUAAAUUUGCUGAGAAAUUGGAGAGGAAGAUUGAAGAUGAAGGAAAAAUGGCAGCAAACAGAGAGGCUGACAACUUCAGUGGCCCAGUUCAAAAAAGCAUCGGUAACUUGGCUGCUGAGACUGCAAUGGUCAAGGAAAGAGUUGCUGGUGAUAAAAUCGUUCCCCCCACCAUGGGUCCUCUACAAAGGAGAAUUGAUGGUUUUGAAAGGCCAACCGACAAAUUUACUUUUUCUACUCAAAGAAAAAACGAGGCACUGGGCUCUGCAAAUGCAGUCAAGAAGGAAAAAAGUACACAUGACAAAUUGGUUCCAAAACUUCCUAGUACGGGACAAAAAGGAAAUGGUCAUACAAAAUCACCCUUGGAAUACCCAGUGGGUUCUGUUCAUAAAAGAUUUGAGGGUCCAUAUGCUGCAGCUGCAGUGGAAAUUGAUAACCAAAAUAGUAAAAAAGUUGUCUCAAGCUCCAACAGUGACGUUCCAAGAACCAUUAAUGGGAUGGCCCAACCAGCACAAAGCUUUUCUGCUUGUAAAAAUGUUGGUGCUAUCGGUCUUGCCACUAAGAUGGAGGACAGAGGGCGAGCUAACAAAAUCCUUCAAAACCACAUCCUUGCAGAGCAAAGAAGAGUUGUUGGGAUGGACGAGGCAGUGGCAAGGGAUGCCAGCAACAAGAUUGAGGAGGGGAAAGCGAAGAGCAAGGAGAGGGAUGCUGAUGAUAGGAAAGAGGAAAGACAUAGGGACCGGGUUCGCGAUGAGAAGAAAAUCAAAGAUAAAGACAAGCACAAGGGCAAAAAGAAAGAGAAGACGAAAGUAAAGGAGAAAGGUGAACAGAAGGAUAAAGAACUAAAAGAGCCAAGAGAUGGCAGGAAAAAGGAUCAGUUAGAUAGUCUAGAUGUAAAAACUUUAGCACCUCAGACAGAUAAUGCAGAGAGUUACCUUACUGAUGAUACUAUGAAGAAGAGAAAGGAAAUUGAUACAAAUGGUUUUCCCAAUGAGAAUAAUUUGAGGCCCAACAAAUUUCCAAAAACAGAUCCUUCAUCUCACCUUCGUGAAGAGAAUGGGAGGACACUGGAAUCAUCACAUGUUGGUGCAGCUUGUUCUCCAUUAAAACUUGGAGCCAUAAACAAUGUUCUGGUGGAAAAGCCAAUAGAUAACAAGGAACACAAGAUAAAUGGCAAAGCGAGAGCUCAGACAUUCUCUGAUGGAUCGAGGCAUCCAGUUGCUACCGAUAGUGGUGCAACUGGUAAAGCUUAUACAAUUCCCCACCCGGACUCUGUGCAUCUUGACAAAAUAUAUUCUAUUCCCAAAGUGGAUGAAUGGCCCGAGUAUGAUGACCAAGAGUGGCUAUUCAGCAGCUGUCACCUGCUGCAAAAGCCGAAGACACAGCUUGGAGGUGAUGAGGUACCCCAGGUUUGGUCCGAAGUACUCAAAAUCGAGUCAGAGGACGUCGUUGCUUUGCCUUAUGUCAUACCUUUCUGAUAUCAGAUGUUCCCGAUAAGUGCCUGAUUUACCUUGGAAGAUAUGGCAGCAUGAACGAAUAGGUGAUUUGUUCUUUUGGUGCCUUCAGUUUCCAUAUCCCUGUUAUUUCUGCUAUGAGCUUCCUGGCUGAGUGAGAAAAAAAAAAGUCAAAGAAAGAUGGCUCUAUACUUGCAAGACUUGGAUAAACUAGCAUUCAUAUGGUUCAAGUCUGAAUUAUUUUCAGAUACAUAAGUGAUUCAAGUCCAUGAAAUGGAAGGGAGAUAUUGCUAGAUCAUUGUGGCGCUUCCACUGUCUUCAAGUGUUCAGAGGAGAGCUUGGUCUUCUUGCACUGUCGCACAAUUUUGAUUUGUAUCAAUGUAAAUCUUUUGGUAAACAGAAAUGUACAUUGGAGGGGGAGAGGAGAUGAUGAUAUUGAGUCUUCUGUGAUUCAUCCAUGUUUCAGUUGUUAUGGUUGGUUUACUUCUCUUUCUCACUCUCUUGGAAAGUUUUGAUUUGUAUCAUAUUCUACCA